AGAAGAGAGAGCGAGGAAGAAGGAGAAAACCCGAACGCCGUCCUCUCCGCUCUUUCCCUCGAUCGCGGGCGACACGCGACCGCCAGGCGAGGGGCGCGAUUCGCGUUCACACGCCGUCGGAGCAGCACCUGCAGCACAAGCCGCGGCCUCGUCGCAGGACGCACACUCGCGCACUUUCGUCCAGCGUUGUCCUGCAUCCUCGGUAGCCUGCUGGUGUUGCCACCUCCCUUUCGCUGCCGCUGUCCUCAGUUGCUCAGUGGACGCUUGCGCCCAGUGUCGCCCGCCGGCUGUUUCCCGCCCUGCAGCUGCGUCUCGUGCUGCCGUGAUGGAGCCUCCGCUGCUGCCGCUGCUGUUCAUCCUCGUGGCAGGAGCCGCCGCCGAGCUAGCCGUCGGGCCCGUGAGCCUGGGCGAUGGCCAGCACAUCAUAGCCUACGACGAGGGGCCUUCUCCUGAGAACAGCCUCAUCCGGUGUCCCUACGACCUGCAGGAGGGCCAGCAGGUAGUCGCCGUCAUCUGGGAGCUGCUGCAGGACGGCAAGCGCGCCGGCAGCUUCAAGUGGAGGCCGGGCCGCGGAGGAACGACCACCGGGAUCCUGCGGGGGAAGGUCAACGCGAGGCGCGAGGACAGUGACCUCGAGCUGACCUCGGUUGAGUACGACCUCGCCGGACUCUACUCGUGCACCGUCAAGACCGACGACGGAGAGCGAGGCAACGCCAAGGCCGACAUCCUCGUGCAAGGCUGAGGUCACGUGCGCAGAGGGCUACGUGCCCCGUGACCACAUCCCGUCCGUCACGAUGGUCUGCCAACACAGGGGAGGCAACGACUAUGAGUGGCUUCAUGGCGAACAGGGCUACGUUCCUCAGCAUCUGAUUUGUGUUGUGCCACCUUCCACCACCGAGCCACCAGCGACAACCACAACAGAGUCUUUCCAGCGGCGCCAGGAGCAUGGAUAUGAGUAUGGAUACGAAUACA